AUGAGUAAUCCAGAACAACAGGGUGCUGAUGAAUACAUAAAUGCCGAUGAAGUUGCGGAAGAAGUUAUCCAAGACGUUGAUGGUGCAGAACCAAUCGAUGAAGAUGAUAUGAUUGAAGGUGGCGUGCAAGAAAUUGACCCCCAAAAUGAUGAUGAUGAUGAUUAUGAUGAUGAUAAUGAUGUUAUUGAAAUUGACAUGUCCAACAACUCCUGGACCUACUUCGAUGACCACAAAGACUCGAUUUUUAAGAUCGCAGGCCAUCCUAAAUUGCCAGUGGUAGUAACUGGUGGUGGUGAUAAUGUGGCAUACAUCUGGACUACCCACUUACAACCUCCAAAGAUAAUAAGUACCAUCACAGGUCAUACAGAAUCCGUUAUUGCCGGUGGUUUCACAAAUGAUGGUGAUUAUGUUAUAACGGGUGAUAUGACUGGGAAAGUCAUUAUCUAUAAAUCAUUCAAAAAGGGACAAUUAUGGAAAUUACACGGUGAAGUCGAAACCGUUGAAGAAAUUACUUGGAUUGAUAUUCAUCCUACCCAACCAGUUUUCGCCUUUGGUGCCACCGAUGGUUCAGUAUGGGUAUACCAAAUAUCCCCAGAAAUCACCCAAAUCAUGUCUGGUUUCUCGCAUUCCACUGAAUGUACCAGUGGUAAGUUUGUUAACACCGGUGACAUGGAUAACUUACAGCUACUUACAUGUUCAGAAGACUCCAGUAUCAUUCAAUGGAACUGUUUUGCCAAUGAACAAACCUUCAAGUUCCAAUCAACAGAUUAUAAAGGUGAAGUCCCACCUUGGGUGUCCAUAGCGGUCGAAAAUGAUUUGAAUAUUGCUGCCUUGGGUUCUCGCGAUGGGUCAUUGUUUGUUUACAACACCAAAUCUGGUAAUAUUAUCGAUUUCUUUAAGGCAAUUGAAUUAAAGGAAGAUCAAGAUAUCUUUGAUGCUAGUAUUGAGGCCCUAAGUUGGUGUGCUGGAUUGUCAAUCUUGGCAGUCGGUUUAGUUUCUGGUGACUUGUUCUUCUUUGAUGCAAAGACCUGGAAAUUGAGAAGAUCCAUAAAGUUCAGUGACGCUAUCACCAAAGUUGAAUUUGUUAACAAGGGUCACAUUUUGAUUGUCAGCUGCUUGAACGGGAAAAUCUAUAAAUUAGAUGUUAGAGAAGGUAAGGAAUUGUUUAUUGGUACCGGUCAUAACAUGGGUGUUUUAGACUUCGUGGUCCAAGACAAUGGUAAUAAGUUGAUUACAGCUGGUGAUGAGGGUGUUUCUUUGAUCUUCAAAACUGAUAACUAA